AUGAGUGAGGAGUCAAAUGUGAUAUACAAAAUAGGGGAUGCAUAUCGUAAAAUAUAUUCGUAUUUUAAGCCAAUCACAAAUUCGUCGACUUUUACUAAGCACGGGACAUUAACGCCAGCUGAGUUUGUUGACGCGGGUGACUUUUUAACUCAUAAAUUUAAAACAUGGGAAUGGAGAGAAGCAGAUGAUAAUAGAGUAGUUCCGUAUCUCCCGGAGAAAAAACAAUUUCUUAUAAGUCGGAAUGUUCCAUGCAAGCAUCGAAUUAAAGAUUUAAAUAAUAUUAUUCACAAUUUGGACCUGAUUGAUAAUGAAUGGAUAUAUCCAAAUUAUGAAGAAGAAAAUAAUAAUGCUGAUAUUUACGAAUACAUACAUUCCCCCGAUUUAGCAACAAAAGUUCAGAACAAGGAAGAGAUGAUUUAUCAAAUUGAAAAAGAUGACGAUGAUGAGGAUGUUAUUGACAUAAAUAACUUUGAUAUGGAAAAUGAUAUUAUUAAAGAAUAUGACCCUGCUGCUAUUGACCCCUCUAGGAUGCAAUUCGAAACAUUUGGAAGUGACAAUAUUAUAAAUAUACGAUCAUAUGAUGUUAGCAUAACUUAUGAUAAAUAUUAUGAAACACCUCGAAUAUGGUUAUUUGGAUAUAAUGAGAACAGACACCCUUUAAAAUCUGAGGAAAUCUUUGAAGACAUAUUAUCGGACUAUAGUUAUAAAACUGUUACGUAUGAAUCUCAUCCUUGUACAGGGAUAAUGACAGCGUCUAUCCACCCUUGCAAGCAUGCCGAAAUAAUGUUAAAUGUAAUAAACAAUUGGAUAGCCAAAGGAAAGGAACCAAGGCAUGAUUUAUAUUUGCUUUUUCUUUUGAAAUUUAUAUCGGGAGUGAUACCCACGAUCGAAUACGAUUUUACAACGGACAUUGAAAUUCCAAGCGUGGUAAAAAACAGCAAAAUAGAAAAAAGUAUAAAAUAA